AUGAUUCGAUAUUAUUUUUAUUGUUUCAAUUCAAAUUAUCACAUAAGGAAGUCUACUGAAUAUAAAAAAAAAAUGGAAUAUUUUUUUACCAAACACAAUUGUCAUCAACAGAUAAAUCAUCAUCGUUAUUAUUCAUGCUAUCUUUUUAUUAUUAUUGCUUUUUUAUUGCUUGAUUUUACUAAUGCUACCAAUAAUACUAUUAAUAGUGAUGAAGGAGUAUUGGAAAAAGUGGUAUCUUUUGGAAAUAAUAUAUGGGAAAAAUUUAAAGAAGAAUCAAAUGAAAAUGUAACAACGACAACAACAUCGAAUGAAAGUUUUAUUGAAGAUGUAACAUCAAUAUUUCAUAAGCCAAAAGAUCUGUCUCAUUUUCGAACUAUGGUUCUCACUUUUCUUCGAAUUUUUGCACAAGCUUUUAUAAUUUUUGGUGGUGUAAUUCCAUACAUUCCACAAUACUUAGUAAUACAUCGCACACGCAAUGCUGAAGGUUUUUCCAGUUAUGUUUGUUUGACAUUACUUAUAGCUAAUAUAAUUCGUAUUGAAUUUUGGUUUGGUAAACAUUUUGAAAUUCCACUUCUUCUACAAUCAAUAGUAAUGAUUUUUUGUAUGCUUAUUAUGCUUGAAUUACGAACACGUGUUCAUUCACAAACAAUACGUCGUAAUUCAACUACGGAUACAAGCACUAGUAUGUCAUGUUCACGAGAACAAUUAACUGAUGAUAUGUCUGAUAAAAAAUUUACUGAUUUUCAAAUUGAUUAUUUUUGGCAAUGGACAACGUUUUCAAGUUAUCUUGAAUUUUUAUUUGUUUUUACUGUAAUAUUAAGUAUAAUAACAUGGGUAUUACAUAAAAAUCUAGUUUAUGUUGAAACUAUUGGAUUUUUGGCUGUAUUUUGCGAAGCUCUUCUUGGUGUACCUCAAUUUGUGCGUAAUUUACGUGCAAAAUCAACUGAAGGAAUGAGUGCACAAAUGGUUAUUUUUUGGACAGCGGGUGAUAUUUUUAAAACAGUUUAUUUUAUUGUUCGAAAGGCUCCGAAACAAUUUUGGUUUUGUGGUAUAUUACAAAUUAGUAUUGAUGUUGCAAUUCUUAUUCAAGUUUUGGUCUAUUCAAAUAAAUGUCGAAAUCGUGGACAAUGA